AGUUAUUUCUAUUAUUCGUCGUUAAACUCCAUGGACCAGAAUGAUCGUCCGAACCGCCCCAACAGGAGGGAUGAGACAAAUAGUGACGGGAUACCUCGAAUAGACCUUGCACAGGCAGUAGCUCACCCGGAUGACCCUGACAUAUUGCGAUAUGUGGCAACAGAGGUGUCUUCUGCCAUGGAACUAUAUGGAUGUUUUGUUAUAGUCAACCAUGGGGUACCUCGUGAGAUCUGUGAGGGGGUCGAGCAGACCUCGAGAGAGUUCUUCAAUCUUCCUAGUACAGUGAAGAGGGAAGUAUUGGCUACCGCGGAAGACUUUGAAGGUUAUGAUGCUGGUGGAGAACUACUCUAUAGGAGCGAGGAAACGGAUGAGUAUUUACAGCAGACUAGAGGGCAGGCCGACGCCAAGGAGUCCUACCAAAUAUGGCCAUCCACCUCCAGUUACCCAGGGUCCACUCGAUCAGGUCCAAACAAAUGGCCGAGACUGCCACCUGGAUUCCGUGAUAAAUAUAUGGCAUACUACAGGGAGAUGGAGCGAUUAACGAGUCUUAUUUAUAAAGUACUCGCCCUAGCACUCGGGAAGGACCCUUGUUUCUUUAAUGAUAUGAAUCAUAACCAUUUGGCAGUCCUACGCCUGCUAUGCUACAAGGAGGAGCCGACUGUACCCCAAGGAGGUGUGCGAUGCUCGGUCCAUAGUGAUUGGGGUCCGUUAACCCUCCUUCGUCAAGCUAAUAGCGAUGCUUGUGGGAUGUAUCUACAGAUAGUUGGACCAUCGAAUGACUGGAUAGAUGUGAAGACUAGUGGUGAUGAAAUACUAGUGAAUACCGGUGAUAUGAUGGAUUAUUGGACCAAUCAUAGGUGGAGAGCCAUCAAGCAUCGUGUCAUUCAGCCAGAAGGUCCCCUUGUAGAGCCACGUUAUAGUUUCGCCUACUUCCAUUCCUUCAACGCCGACUCAAUGGCUGACCCACAUGACUUCGAUGCUGAUGCAUUAAGUCGCCCCGUUAACCAAUGGGAAUAUGUUGUACGGAAAAAGACUAAUUCGAUAGUUGGUGAUGCUCAUUGA